GGAAAUGGACAAUAACAUAUACUAUUGCCAAAAUAUGAAUGAACAAAAGACACAUUUUUUUCAUCAUCCAUUGUUGUCGUUAUUAUCAUCACCAAUGCAUCUCUUUUCGAAACCAUCGCGCGUCUUUUCUCAACAUUCUCUUUUUAUUUGGCAUGCACAAACACAUUUUUUUCUCAGUAACAUUGUUACUACCUCUCAGCUGAAACACCAGUCUCAAUACCAUUCUCUCUAUUUUGUGCUGCGAGAAAGGUUAAUGGAGAAGACGCGACUAGAUAACUUAUUUCCUCUGACUCCAAGUUCAAUAUUCUCGACCAAGAAGGGACGCAGUGGAUACGAACCAUCAGACACAGAGACGGAGUGGCAAGACACUCCGCGUCAUGAACGAGGAAGAAAGAACAUGACUUUGAGUCCUGAAGAAACAAAAACUAUGUCUCAUAGUAACAAAAGUCCAAUGAUACUCCACAAGAGACACCCUUCGAGAUUUGAAUUUGAAGUAUCGUCGUCACCUUCAAUAACAGGCUCAGUUCUUAACCAACCAAGAAGACGGCAUCUCAGCAAAUCACCCUAUAAGCUACGCAUAGUACGAGACGGUGGUAAUGAUGAUGAGGACACUUCGUUAUCAUACAUGUCUGGUUUGAACUCGAGUAGAAAUAUAAGUCCUUUGCCAAGACCCGACUUUGGAAGAACAGUGUCUCCUUAUAACAGAAAUCAUGAGCAAAGAACACCUUCUAACGAAAACAGAAAAGCGAAUUCAGGGCUUCUGGAAGUGGAUAGAGCGAGCACAAAACCAAACUACAGGAGAGCAGUAACUGCUCCAAGAUUGAGAGACCAACAACAAACAUUGCAAAACACAGCGAGAAUUCUGAAACAAAGGGAAAAAUCUCCCUUCAAAACAGGUUCAGUUAGAGAAAGAGAAGUCAAUGAAAUGAUAGCACAGGUGAAGCUAUCGAAAAAUCCUACCGAUGACUAUUCAUCAGCACUGGAAAGUACAGACUCAAUUCAACCAGGUGAUCUUUUCUUUUCCCGCGAAUGCAAUGCCUUGCAAGCGAAGAAUCCUUCAUUGCCUAAAAAAGUUGAACAAUAUGCAUAUUUUAGUCCAAGACCAGUGAUCACCACCAUUAACAACCCACCUGAAAGUGGUAAAUUCAAUACGAAUAUGAAUAAAAGAACCUCUUCCAGUACUAUGUUGUUGUCUCGAACAACGAUGGGACCAUCAAUCAGAAAGGGAAGUGGAACUGGAAAGUCUAGCGCUAAAUCUAGCGUAAAAAGUGAUGCUAGUGCAAAAACAACUGAAAGCAUGAGGAAAUUCACAUCCAACAGAAAAAAGAACCAGAAAGAUGCAUGGUUUGCCUGCAUGAUGAGAACAGGAAACUGUAGAACUUCAAGAAAAUCACCUGAACGUAGACCGAUUGACGAAGCUUCCUUGAUCGAGAGGGCAACAAUUGUGGAAAGCAUUCCACAAUUCUGGGCUGAUAAACAUCAACCAGCUUCACUCAAUGGCUUCAUUUGCAACAAACAAGAAGCUCAACUUCUCAAGGAACUAGUGUCACAGGGCUCUUGUCCUCACAUUUUGCUCAAAGGACCCUCUGGUUCGGGGAAACGAGAUCUAGCAAUGACUUUUCUUAAAGAAAUAUACGGCGAUUCAUGUUGUAAACUGUCACAUGAUCUAAGACAUUUCCCUAUUCAGGACAAAAGGACUGUGAAAGUAUCGGUUCCAAUCACGUCCAGUCCUCAUCACAUGGAGCUCAAUGUAAAUUCAGAACCAAAUGCUAAAUAUGCUUUGAUGGGACUAAUCAAAGAAAUUAGCAAUAUAUAUGCAAUUGCCCCUGAAGUAAGCAAUGUGAAUUUCAAGUCCGAUUAUAAAGUAAUAAUUCUUUACGAGGUCGACAAAGCUGUAGAGAACAUUCAGCACUUGAUCAAAUGGAUCAUAGACCGUUAUUCAGAUAUAUGCAAAUUAGUUCUAUGCUGUGAAGAUGAUGACAAUAUUAUUGCACCCGUGAAAAACCGGUUCAAAGUUAUCAAUGUUGAUGCUCCUCAAACUCAUGAAAUUAUUGAGGCUCUUACUCAGAUAGCAAAUAAAGAGGAAAUUGAUCUAUCCAUGAGUUUUGCCAUGAAGAUUGCUACAAAAUCUAAGCAGAACCUCAGAGAAGCAAUAUUGGCUCUUGAAGCCUGCAAAGCACACAACUAUCCAUUUUCAGAAGAACAACCGAUUCCAGUUGGAUGGGAGAAGAUUGUAAUAGAACUUGCUGUAGAGAUCCUAACUGAUCCAUCGUUUUCACGAUUACUCUCAAUAAGAGGGAAAUUUCAAAUGCUUCUCCUGGAUUUUGUCCACCCAAAAUUGAUUCUCCUGAAACUUGUGGAGGAGCUUCUAAGAAGAGUUGAGACCGGCCUAAAAAGGGAGCUCUACUACUGGCAUGCUUAUUAUGAUAGAAGACUUCCACCAGGAACAACAGCUUUACUAAAAUUAGAAGGUAACACACCAACCAUAAUAAUCGCUUUUAAACUAACGAAUUUUUCUGAUUUUGACGCGAUAUUGACUAGUAUGCUCUUGUGUACAGAAUUUGUGGCCAAGUUCAUGAGCAUGUGCAGAAAAAGCUCAGGCAGUAGACAGUAUGUGUAGAGUAACAUGGAUGUUAUUGUACCCGGAAACCGGAAAUAUACAUUGAUCCAUUAUAUGAAAUUAAAACAUCAAUCCUUACUUAUUGAAGUCAUGAUUCGGGAUCCUGAAAAGAUGAAUAAACUUAUCUUCCUCGGUAUCUCACACUCCCUUUACAACUCUGAAGUUGUGAAGCCGUCAAUUAUAUUUUUUAUUAUGUGAUACUCAGCUUUUAAUUUAAAAAAUCAAUUAACCAAUAAAAUGGUUUAUUUAUGCACC